AUGGUACUUUGGAAAGACGCCGGCUUGAGCGUGCUGCGGCAUGCGGUCGCCGGAGAACAUGCUUGUCGCUCCCAGUCAGCGCGAUUCCUCAGCUAUUCCUCACGAGUCCCUCGCGUAUCCCGCUCAAGUCGAACACCGAUGACCACAGGGAAGACGGUCUUUUCCCGGGAACAACAGCGUUGGAGCCAAGCUGGUACGCCCCGGAGCUUCUCCGCCGCAACGAGAAUGCAGCAUGGCCAUAUCACACCCCCAAAGCCGGGGGAGGAGAUCAAUGUGACCUUCAUUGACAAGGACGGCGAAAAGUACGACUUCCAGGUAGCAGAGGGUGACAAUUUAUUGGACAUUGCGCAAGCCAAUGAUCUAGAAAUGGAAGGUGCCUGCGGCGGCUCAUGCGCUUGUUCGACCUGCCAUGUUAUAGUGGAGGAACCAGAUAUGUUUGAUAAGAUGGAGGAACCUUCGGAUGACGAGAAUGACAUGCUUGAUCUGGCAUUCGGACUGACGGAAACAUCGCGAUUGGGGUGUCAGGUAUUGAUGAACAAGGAUCUGGAUGGGUUAGUGGUGCGAUUGCCCUCAAUGACUCGGAAUCUACAGGCGAGCGAUUUUGAAGCAAAGAAAUAA